AUCGCAUCAAACACAAUACAAUCCGACCAUGCCGCUCAAUCAUGUUUCGAUUCCAGUUGGGAGGCAUUACACCCGGAUGCGCGACUUCUACACGUCGGUCCUGAAACCGCUCGGAUAUUCUCUAUACAUGGAGAAACUCGAUACACCGAAUUCCCGGCCAUUGUGUGGUUUUCAAGCUGGUGCCGGACCCGACUUUUGGCUCGGCCUUGGAGAAACCAAGGCCAGCAUCGACGCAAUCCGGACUUUCGACGGCGACAACGAGUCGACAGUGUCGCCAGUCCAUCUGGCAUUCGAUGCUGCAAGCCAACAGCAGGUUGAUCAUUUCUAUGAGAAUGCCAUAAAAUCGGGUGCUAGGGACAACGGGAAGCCUGGGUUGCGGCCAUAUGGCAAAACCUACUACGCAGCAUUUGUGAUUGAUCCUUUGGGUAACAACAUUGAGGUUGUACAUCUUCCAAGAGUAUAGUCCAUGUUCACAAGGUUUAGCUUAGACAUUCGGGAUGUGGCUUCCAGAUUUAUCAAACUUACUCAUAUAUAACGUUAAGCGC